UGGUGCAUUGUUGUACAUUGUCUCACACUAGAGUAAAGAGGCAAAAACAGUAAAGUGCAAAAAUUCUAGUAAGACUUAUCAUACAAUUAAAUAAUAGAGCUAUAAAAACAUAAGGUGUGUAUAAUUAUAAGUAUCUCUGUUCCUACAGCUUAAUGCUGACGUGUCUUUCACACUCACACCUAUGUCUUUACAGGUGUCGCAGCUUCAAUGAAAGAAAAAGUGAAAAGAAACUCUUGUCUCUGACGCAACGCUACACAACAAAGUGUCAAUAUUUAGAUGAACUACCACUAAUCUAUUUCGGUAAAUUACAUGCAGUUAGUAGGUGAGGAAGGUAACCACACCACAGUACCUUCUGAAAGACCAAUGAAUCCACCUUACAAUAGGUAUUUUCAUAUUUAGAAGUCAAAUAAGGAAAGCGAGUACAUAUAUAGCAGCAACACAAGCGACAAAUAAAAGGGUGUUAGUCAUCACAAAAUCUGAGAGAAAAGAGCACUCAGCAAAUUUACUUGUACUCAUGGCAGAUCAUCAGAGACUGAGGAUCCACCCUAUGGAGGGGGAAGCACCACCGCCCCCAACAACUCCAUUGGUCCCUCCAGGCUCAUCAAGAUCAGAAAAGGGUGUUCCUUUGCACCAUCCUCCACCUCUACCACGUGCUAUGCCAGCAGCAUACCCUACACCACACAAAAGAAGCUCAAGCUGUUGCUGCAAGUGCAUAUGCUGGACAAUAAUCUUGGUUGUUCUCCUCCUCAUUAUCUUUGCAGCAAGUGUUGGAAUCCUUUAUCUAGUCUUCCAACCAAAGCUUCCUGAUUACUCAGUUGACACUCUCAGGAUAAGUGAUCUGAGGCUUAACUUUGACAUGAGCCUCUAUGCAAAGUUUGAUGUGAAGAUCACAGCAACCAACCCAAACAAGAAGAUUGGCAUCUACUAUGAAAAGGGUGGAAAGUUGAGUGUGUGGUACACAAACACAAGGCUCUGUGAAGGGUCACUGCCACAAUUCUACCAAGGUCAUGAGAACAAAACAGUGCUCAAUGUGUCCUUGAGUGGUCAAGUGCAGUCUGGAAGCACCCUAAUGAAUGCACUGCAGCAGCAACAGCAGACAGGGCGCAUUCCAUUGGAUCUCAAGGUGCAUGCACCAAUAGCCAUCAAACUUGGGAGGUUGAAGCUGAUGAAGGUGAGAGUGUUGGGAGAAUGCCUUUUGGUGGUGGAUAGCUUGUCAUCUAAUAAUCUCAUAAGCAUCAAGGCUAGCAACUGCAAGUUUAGAUUGAAACUUUGAUAUGGAAAAGCUUGCCUUAAUUAGUUCAUGUCAUUUGUUUAUUUCUAUUCCUUGUUUUUUUGGACUGGAAGACUUGAUUCUUUUAUGGAUUUCUUUUACACUGCUAUUGCAGCUGUUCCAUACAACA